UGGCGCACACAAGCGUUGUAUAUGCAUACAGUUAUUUUGGCUUGGUUGUUUUUACUGUACGCUAAUUUCGUGAAAGAAAUUGGCAGAUAAAGAAUGGCUGCAGAUUCAAUGGAUGGCGAUAACACGGCGACGGGCAGUGCCGACGCUAAAGCGACAGACUCUGCCUCGGCGACAUCGAAAAAACGUUUCCAAGAAACUAUGUUGAAGAAACAAUUAACUGUGAAGCAAGCGGACUCAGCCACAGAUAGUGAAAACUAUACUGAAAACGAUUUAAAUACAUCAUCGGACUGGCUGUCUGCGACAGCGACUCCAACACCCACUCCUAGUCAUCGCUCCAGCUUGAAGCGCGAUUUGAUGCUAUUGAAGUCAGCGCUGAGUCCCAAGUAUUGGGAUAUAUCGGACUCAGACGAUACAACGCGCUCGACGCGUCGUCGUAAUCAUUUGACUUUGAACAGCAGCUCUGAGGUGCACAUUAAGGACAACCAACGCAAAACACCGACGCGAACUGUGCCAACAGUACAACUCUAUCCAAACUCAACAAGCUUCAUUAGUCCAAUAGACAAAUUGCUCAUAAAAAAUGGCGCUAGUUCACCUAAUAGUACGGGCUUUGAGGCAGAUGCAGAGGAGGCUGCAACACAGCCCCAGCGCAGGCAAAUAAAACGUAAGCAAAAACGUGUUUCAAAAUCAAAAGUGCCGACUGCAGAUCUAGCGAAAGCAGUAGAAAAAGUGAAGUCACCUGAACAAGUAAAAGAAAAUUCGCAAGAUAAUACGAAAGCAGAGUCACCGAAGACGAAAGCCCAGAAAACUGAAACAGCGAGUGGUGUUGAACCGCUACCAAUCAUCAAUGAGGCUGACAAAAAAAGAGGAACUGAAGACGACUCUGUUAUAGAUAAACAUGAGGAGACAAUGCCAAGCACCAUAAGCGAUAGUGGUAUGCAGGAUAUACCAAAGGAAUAUAACGCAACGGAUACAAUUGAAGCCACAUCAAGUGAGCUCGUUGAGCAGCCGCCAGAAGAACAUUCACUGCCACCAAAUGGCUCCCAGGUGGAGUUGGAAUGCACACAACUCUCUGACCCGAUGACCCACGUCCAAGUCAACGCAAAACGUGAACGAAGCUCUACAAACGACAGUGGGGUACAGGAUACACCAAAAGAGGAUAUGGAAGUGGAAAUGAUUAACCCCAGUGCAGAGGAGCAUGCACAACAAACGGCCAGGAAUCAAGUAUUAUCAGAGAACGAAUCCCAAGUGGAUAUUUUGUUCACACAACCGGCAAAGACAUCAACCGAGGUUAAAUUCAACUCGAAAGAUGCUUCCAAAUCCCCUUCAGAAUCUUUGGAGAGCUCAAGAGUUAUCAUAACAGAGACAGAAAACUCUAUAAAGUCACCCUCUUCUAUUAGCAUUGACAGUGCCAAAGGUUCAUCCAUUAUCAACGACUCCAGCUGGCCAACCUAUCAAGUCGGCGACCUAUAUUGGGGUAGACUUUUUAGCUUCUGCUAUUGGCCUUGUAUGGUAUGUCCAGACCCGACAGGUCAAAUCGUGGGCAACAUGCCAACCCACUCUAUACGCAAGUCGUUGGAUAAUACACCCUUGCCGAUACAAGUCCAUGUUCGGUUCUUUGCUGACAACGCUCGUCGAAAUUGGAUUAAGCAGGAGAACCUACUGGCCUUUGCUGGUCUUAAGGCGUACGAAGCCCUGCGCGAAGAAGUGCGCAUUAAAUAUGGCAUGAAGAACAGCAAAUAUCGCCAAAUGGUACCAAAAAUGUCCAAGCUAGCCACCUGGCACAAGGCCCUUGAGGAAGCCAAAAUGGUGGACGCAGUACCCUAUGCGGAACGACUGGAAAAAUUUUAUCAAAUCUACGAGAGUAGCAUUACGACCAACAAGCAAAAACGAAAGCGCACCAAUUCCAUGCUUCCAGACACGGCACUCUCUACAUCCGAUGUGGGCAGUAGUUUAUAUGACUCCACAGACAAUCUCUAUGCCAAGCCCUUGCUGCUCACAACCGUGAAACGCGAACGUUCGGAAUCUCCAUACAGCCCUGCAUUCUCCCCGGUGAAGACUAACCAUCAACCCAAGCGACGCAAACUGAUUGAAGUUGCCGAUGUUCCUGCAUCAGCUGGGACUGAGAACCUUCCUGUGACACCGCCAUCAACGGAUCCACAUAAUGACCUAAACUGGUCUGGUUCUGGAAAUCUAAAUAAUGCCGAAAAAAUCGAGUUCCAGCAGCUCUUUGAGGCUGUUAAAGACUAUGUUAUGGUGCACAAACAGGAUGAUAAAGUGGAGAAAUGUGUGCUAGCCGUGGUGCGUAACAUUUGGUCCCUGAAGCAGUUGCAAUUGCGAGAGCGGGAACGAGAUACCGCCAACGAUCAAGAGACUGCAGUGGAAUCAGCUGUGGAAACGGAUGCAGAGCUUCUUGAACGUGCCGUGGAAUCACGGGCAUCGGCUGUGGAGUCACUAGAAAGCGCUUCACUGGAUCUAUCGCAAGUGGUUGGCAGCAAACGUCUGUCACAACGACUGAAAACAUUGAAGGCACGCCGCAGCAACACGCCAAUUAUUCCGCCUAGAAACGCAAUCACGCCCCUUCCAAGAGAAAGAGCAAUCUCGGAGCAGCCUAAAGUAAAGAAGGUAAUGAACCGGCCCAUUGAUGAGGUCAUUGAGGAUAUAAUGCGGCUGGAUCGUAAAUCGUUAUUCAAAGGAGUCAGUCGGGAACCAGUGUGCAAAUAUUGCUAUGAGCCGGGAGGGAAUUUGAAGCGCUGUGCGCGCAACUGCAAUAAUUGGUUACAUGACGAAUGUCUCGACAGGCACAAAGCCGGUCCCACCUUUAAGAUAAAUAAAAAAGGAGUGGCUGUUAAGCCGCUGACCAAAGAUGAGGCUCUCUCAAAUGCUAGUACGCCCCUAAAUUCAGCUUCACCCAUUUCGGACGUGGAGCUACAUGUGACGGCCGAAGCGGAAUCCCAGACGCCCAUAGUGUGUCAUGAGUGUGAAACAAAUGCCCCUGAUCCGUGUUGCAUUUGCCAUCAAGUCUUGGCAGUGCCCACCACACCGCCAACAUCACCGAUCAAGGCAACUAACAAUGAUGAUGAGCCGACCACUUCGGCAGCCGCUUUUGCUAAAGGAAUGCUAGAGGAUCCACACAAACUUCUCGCUUGUAACCACCCCAUGUGCAACAGGAAAUUUCAUCCAAGUUGUUGCAAAUAUUGGCCACAAGCGAGUAUUACCAAGAACAAUAUACGCUGUCCAAUGCAUGUAUGCCACACCUGCGUCUCGGAUGAUCCUCAGGGAAAGUAUCAACAGCUUAGCCAUACCAAGCUCGCAAAGUGCGUCAAAUGCCCCGCCACGUAUCACAUUGACGGCCUCUGUAUUCCGGCCGGCUCACGCAUUCUAACCAUGACGCACAUCAUCUGCCCCCGUCACUACACUGCCAAAGGUGAUAAAAAUCUAAAUGUGUUAUGGUGCUACAUAUGCGUGAAGGGCGGCGAAUUGCUCUGUUGUGAGACUUGCCCCAUUGCCGUACAUGCUCGCUGCCGUAAUAUUCCCAUUAAGCCACACGAAAGCUACAUCUGUGAGGAGUGCGAGAGUGGACGACUGCCCCUCUAUGGUGAGAUCGUCUGGGCUAAGUUCAAUUAUUUCCGCUGGUGGCCAGCUAUCAUUCUGCCACCCAGCGAGAUACCAAGCAACAUCUUAAAGAAGGCCCAUGGACCCAACGAUUUUGUAGUGCGCUUCUUCGGCACACAUGACCAUGGUUGGAUCUCGAGGCGACGUGUUUAUCUUUACAUUGAGGGCGACGAAGGCGAUAGCUCCAAGACCAAGUCUCGAAAACGGCUUAAUUACUUGGAUGCCGCUUAUGCAGUUGGAGUCGUUGAGGCUUCGCGGUUUAUGAAGAUCAUUAAGGCUCAUCGACAGGAACAGGCAGUUAGCCAUAUGGCCUCCUCUAAAAUGCACCCGCCGCACUAUGUCAGAAUCAAGGCAAACAAACCGGUGCCGCCGGUUCGAUUCGUCUACAACGAGGAGGAUGUGAGCGUCUGCGAAUGUAAACCAGACCAGGAAAAUCCAUGUGGUCCUGAGUCGGGUUGUCUAAAUCGAAUGCUCUAUCACGAAUGUAAUCCAGAAUUCUGCCCAGCAGGCAAUCGUUGUGAAAAUCGCAUGUUUGAGACACGUAAGUCUCCUCGAUUCGAUGUGGUCUACAUGAAUCAGCGGGGCUUCGGCCUAGUCUGUCGCGAACCCAUUGCUGAGGGCUCCUUUGUUGUGGAGUAUGUUGGCGAGGUCAUCAAUCGUGCAGAGUUCCGCCAGCGUCUGGAACAGAAGAGUCGGAAUCGAGAUGAAAAUUACUAUUUUUUGGGUGUCGAGCCCGAUUUCAUUAUUGAUGCUGGUCCGAAAGGAAAUUUGGCCCGUUUUAUGAAUCACUCGUGUGAGCCUAAUUGCGAGACCCAAAAAUGGAACGUCAACUCGAUCAAUCGAGUGGGUUUGUUUGCAAUUAAGGAUAUUCCAGCGGACACCGAACUGACUUUUAAUUAUUUGUGGGAUGAUCUUAUGAAUGGUAGCAAAAAGGCGUGCUUUUGUGGCGCCGAGAGAUGUUCAGGAAACAUUGGGGGUAAACUUAAGGACGAGCCAACAAAGGAAAUUAACGGACAACAAAGCAACAACAAGGUUAUCUCGAAACUGAAACCGUUGAAACGAUUGCAAAACGGCAAAGCAAGUUCACUCCGGAUACGGGUCAAAGGAACCAAGAAAAUUGCUGGAAAAAAACCAAAAGCAAAGCAUAUAAAUGCGGAUGAUGAGGACGGCACGAUAACUUAAACCUUGUUUGAUUUAUAAAUUAUGUUGUAAAGCAGCGGUAGGCACGUAGUGGCUCCCAGUGGUCUUUCCGUUAUGUUUUAGAAAGUAGUCUGACAAACAGAUAAAUUGCCGAUCACGAGCGAGCUUACAAAAUACAUGCAGUGCGUGUGUCGUUGCUGGAUUUGCAGCUCGCGCUGACGGCGCCUUGUGCCCUGAUCAUUUUUUAAAAAAAGUGUUAUAAGGAACAAUAUCCAAUUUUAAAAUAGUCUUUGCUUAGGUGCGAGCCAAUUUUUCCCAGAACUUAUGUGUUUGAAGAUGCAUUUUCGCAAAUAACACAUACAUAUAUGUAUAUUGAAAAUGCAUAUCGAAAUAAUUUAAGUGACACAAACUUGUCAGAUAUAUUUCGAAUUUCCAUAAAUAAGUGGAGAAAAAAUUUGACUUUUAAAAAUUAAUAAAUAACUGCAAUUAAAUGUACUCAAUCAUUUAAACUCUACUAAUGGAUUUCGUGCCCACCGCUGUUUUAAAAUCAAAUUAUUCGCUUUAGUUAUGCAGCCCACCUGCCAACUUUAUUAUUUUACUUUGCACUCCAACUCUCCUGCGAGAGAGCAUUAUCUUCCAUCUUUUUAUACCCUGUACCCGUAGUCGACUCUCCUCCUCCCUGAAAUAAAAAAAACUCGUGUAUUAUUUCACCCCUCCCCUUCUAUAGAAUUUCGUCAAAACAGUCCAUAUAUCUGACAUUGAAAUUGCAAAAAAUUAAUUAUAAUCGGGCUUAUACUGGCACAAUCCAGUAUCUCCUUUAAAAAAUUUUAAACGAAAAUUCAACAAAUGUUAUUUUUUG